GGCGGCGCCCGCUUGCCUUCCUUACGGCUAAACAGGGUGGCGCCAUGUUGGCAGCAGCCGGAAGACCCGCGCACGGGGCGGCCGGAUGUUGAUGCCGCGGGGCGGCCAUGGCGGCGGCGGCGGGGCCGGGAGAGCGGCAGCGGCGGGUGCAGGCGCUGAGCGUGGCGCUGCGGGCCCGCCUGGGACCGUACGAGCCGCUGCUGAGCGCCGUGCAGGCCGCGCUCGUCUGGGAGCGGCCGGGGCGCAGCGCGCUGUGCUGGGCGGCGGCGCACGGGCUCUUCUGGUUUUUCGCUCUAACCUCUCUCCGCUUGCUGUUCCUGGUUGCGUUUACCCUGAUGAUUGCAGUUUGUGUGGAUCAGUGGAAGAACAAAAUCUGGCCUGAAAUUGGAGUGGCAAGACCUGAUGAAUUAGACAAUGAGAGCUGGGGAUAUGUUCACCCUCGGUUGCUCGGGGUGCCAGAGCUCUGUCACCACUUGGCUGAAGGAUGGGUGGCUGGGACCAACUUCUUCAGCAAUCUCUUCAUUUUCAAGAGGCAAAACCCUGGAAAGUUCUGCCUUCUAGCGUGUGGAGUCUUUACUUUCCUGGCUGUCCUGGGCCGCUAUAUCCCUGGACUCAUCCUCUCCUACUUGAUGUUGCUCUUCGUCCUGCUGUGGCCCCUUGCUGUCUACCACAGACUGGGGCAGCGCAUGUACAUGAAGCUGGAGCCAGCUCUGCAGCGGCUGGAUUUCAGCGUUCGAGGCUACAUGAUAUCAAAGCAGCGGGGGAAACAACUGCGUCGCCAGCAUCAAGAGGCUGAGGAUGAUGGGAGUGACAGUGAAGAAGAGCUCGCUGCGUUCUGUCCCAAGCUGGAUGAUUCGGUGGUCGCCAAGGAACUGACUAUCUCUGACUCGGAGCAUUCGGACGCUGAGGUUUCCUACACUGAAAAUGGAAUGUUUAACCUCUCGAGGGGCCAGACUCCCCUGACAGAGGGAUCGGAAGACCUGGAUGGCCACAGUGACCCUGAAGAAUCAUUUGCCAGGGAUCUCCCCGACUUCCCUUCCAUAAACCCGGAAGCAACUUGCAUAGAUGACGAAGAUGACACCAGCAUUGGGAUUCCAAGCCUGGCCUUCCGCCCACAUGCAACAGAAGAUCUGCAUCUCUCUUAUGACCCAGAAGAAUCCGGCGCAGCGCUGCCCUCUGUCCAGAAUCUGACAAACAACAUAGCUGGAUUUGUCACCAGGGGGAUGAUCCAGCUGGCACUGUCGGGAGCCUCUCAGCCAGGCUCCUCACGCAGCGACCACCCCCAGAGAGGUGCAAAAACUUACCUGAGAACGGCCAGCUCGGACUUGGACACUGAUGUGGAAGGAGAUGACUUUGAAUUGCUGGAUCAGUCUGAGCUGAACCAGCUGGAUCCUGCUGGCUCACGGGGCCAGUAAGCAGUCCCACCACUUUCCGCUGGUUUUCUAUUGCACAUCGUGGAGGGAGAAUCCUGGAAGGAAAAGCCUUGCACAGUUCUCUAGAUCAUCUCCUGUGUGGGUAUGAGUGACGUGACAGCCAGUCCUGGCUGGGAGCACCACUGUGACUUGUGACUCUGUAGCCUUGCUUGGAUUUAAACUCGUAGGGAAAGGAUGUUGGUGUGAGCGCUCCACAAUCGCCCCGGCACUGCCUGCGGGAUGCUGCUUGCUCUGAAACUUCUCACCUCAGACAAUAAAUGUGGUGUCUGCAGCUCCACAGCCGCCACUCAGCCAAGAACAAUCCUAAAGCCAACCUUCUGGGGCUGAUGCGUGUCCGGGUGAAUGGGACUGGUUUCCCCUCAGACUUGGUGUCUGGGACUUCAUGCUGUUCUGUCUUUAUGACAACCAUUCUCCGCUCCUACAAUGUGCACAGAAUCCAAGUCUUCUUUCCCAGCAAUAUCCAGGUCCGGGUAGAAACAAACCUUUUGCUCCUAUUGUGGACACGGCCACGGUGUUUGUAUUUGCGAUGACCACUCAUCCCUGGUUCUGGCUUCCUAGUGAUGCUGUUUUGUAAGAGACACGACGGCAAUAAGACACCUCCUGUGAUUGCCUGCAGAGAACAUUUGCGUGUGCGGCUGCUCUUGUGUUGCUUUCCUAAAAUCCGGACUAACAGUUUGCUAACAAUUCCUUGUGGUCCUCCGGCACAGUUGGGUGAGGACCCUGGCAGUGCCACACUUCUGAGGCUGCUUCUGGGAAAGAGCUGGGGCUUCCCUGGCAGAGGGAAACGAUGGAGCUGCUCUGUCCUGCCGAGUUUGUCCUGGGGACAGGGAGAACCCGACGCUUCCCAGCCUGGUGCAACCAAAGCUGUUUGGUGGGCACCUAGCAAGGACACCACCAGAGCCCACCAGGACCCCACAGAAUUCCUUUGGGGGCUCCCAAGAUCCCCCUGUACAUCCUCUAGAGCCCCCUAGGACCCUUCUAGAGCCUCCCAGGACUGCGCGUGUGCGGGGAACAGGGCUGGUG